GAAGGGAGGGAGAAACGGACCAAGCGAGCGCCGUUACGAUAAAAGAGAAGUUUUUCGGAGAGCGUAUUCGCUGGCAGAGCCGUUCAAUGGUCGUGGCAGCAAUGUUCCACGCCGCCGUCACCGUCGUCGUCGUCGUCAUCGCCGCUGCCGUAGGGCGCCUAACUAGCUAGUUUCGACGGGGGCCAGCGCGACGGGAGGCCGCGUCCGCGUCUUGGUGCUCGCCAGUCCAUAAACGAGCACGAGCACGUUACGACGCGCGAGCGCGAUUCGGGUAUCGUCAGGACUCGUCGUCGUCCGUCGUCGUCGUCGCUAUCGCCGCCACCGCCACCGCCACCGCCGUCACCGUCGUUGUGUUGCCGUCACUGCCGCCGCCGCCGCCGCCGCUACUACCGCCGUCAUCGUCGCCGUCCUCUCCUCGAAGAUGACCAUAAUAGUAUUUCUGAUCGACACGUCGGCCUCCAUGAAUCAGAGGGCUUAUUUGGGGGGUCGGCCCACGCUCUUGGACGUAGCCAAGAGCGCCGUGGAGACCUUCGUCAAGGUACGACAGAGAUCGCCGGAGAGCCGCGGGGAUCGUUACAUGCUCCUGACCUUCGAAGAUCCACCUCAGAACAUCAAGGCAGGAUGGAAGGAGAACCUGGCAACCUUUAUGAACGAACUGAAAAACUUGCAAUGCGUUGGCUUGACGACCCUAGGUGCCGCCUUGAAGCACGCGUUGGACGUGCUGAACAUAAAUCGUAUGCAGACCGGCAUAGACACGUACGGCCAAGGAAGAUGCCCGUUUUACUUGGAACCGUCCGUUAUAGUUGUUAUAACAGACGGAGGAAAAUAUACGACCAAUAGCGGGGUCCACCAAGAUUUUACGUUACCGAUGCAUUCCCCGAUACCCGGAUCCGAACUGACGAAGGAGCCAUUUAGAUGGGACCAGAGAUUGUUCUCUUUGGUGCUGCGUUUAUCGGGGACACCGGCCGUUGAACGAGAUAUUGGCUUGGUGGCCAGUGACGCGUCGCCGAUAGAUGCAAUGUGCGAAGUGACUGGAGGUCGCUCGUACUGCAUUACGUCAUUCAGGAUGAUGAUACAGUGCAUAGAUUCGCUGGUACAAAAAGUGCAAUCGGGCGUGGUAAUAAAUUUUGAAAAGAUCGGUCCCGAUCCACCGCCGCUGACCAACGAACAGGCCCCGCAGCACCAGGACGAGGAAGAGAACGAGGACGACGGUAACGCGGCGAACGGUCCGCGCGCACAGUAUCCGAACGCGUUAGCGCCGAACAACACGGCUUGGUAUUCCUGCAGACGCCUGAUCUACGUACCGCGCUCGGCUCAGAAGGGAUUCGCGGUAGGCUUCUGGCCGAUCCCCGAGAGCUUCUGGCCGGAUCUCAGCGCCAGCUCGUUACCGCCGCGUUCCGCGCAUCCAAACGUCAAGUUCACGUGCACCAGUCAGGAGCCGAUGGUGAUCGAGAAUCUACCGUUCGACAAGUACGAGCUGGAACCGAGCCCGUUGACGCAGUACAUCUUAGCGCGGAAACAGCCGACAACGUGUUGGCAGGUGUUCGUUGCUAAUUCGUAUAAAUCGAGCGAAGUGGGCCAUCCGUUCGGUUACUUGAAAGCUAGUACAAACUUGACUUGUGUAAAUCUCUUCGUCAUGCCUUAUAACUAUCCCGUGCUGCUACCGCUGCUGGAAGAGCUCUUCAAAGUACACAGGCAAAAACCGACACCUGAAUGGAGGGCGCAGUUCCAGGGUUACAUAAGGACCAUGCCUACUUAUUACGCCGCCUCGUUGAGGAGAGCGUUAACCAGGAUGGGUGCGUCCGCACCUCUGGCACAAACAUUGAUACCCGAUAACAUGGAUAACUCUUUAUCAUAUAGUGUCUUAAAUUAUCUAAAACGACUGAAGAAUCAGGCCAAGAUCGAAUUUGAUCGGCUCUGUAACGAGGUCAUUUCCAAGCAAGUCGCCGCUUCGAACCUUACGAAGAAUUUAUCUAAUUGUACGAGUGUGGUGACGGAAGGGGUGAGAGUUAUACCGAAGACACCGCUGAAAAAAGAUUUGGUGUCCCAUCCUUUGUUGCAAGACAAAUUCACGGGUCUCCGUGAUCAGCUGAACGAGUUUGGAGGUUUCGUCGUCGGAUUGGUGAAGAAUCAACAGCAGCAACGUGGUGCGCACAGUUACAGGAACGCCUUCGACGUACCGAGAAAGUCCCUGCUCGAUCAAGUCGUGCGGAUGCGCGCGAAUUUCCUGCAGCCUGGCUUGUUGCAUACAAAGUUACUCGACGACGAUUACGUUCAUUCGAUGCCUUUAGCUCAAAUGGGAAAUUAUCAGGAAUAUCUGAAACGCAUGACUCCGCCGUUGAGAGAGAUCGAAAGCGUACCGGUUAGGCAGCAUAUGUUCGGCAAUCCCUUCAAGAUAGACAAGAGGAUGAUGGUAGACGAAGCGGAUAUCGACAUAGUCGGCGCGACGUCCUCGACGUCGAAGGGCGGUCUCAAGCGCACCUUGCCGCAGUCGGACAGCGGAGGCUCGUCUUCCCCGAGGCCACCGCCUAACAAGAGGAAGCCCGGGCCCAUACCGAAAGACGUGAUCGUGCGACGGCCAUCGUAUACGCUUACUCCACCGAGUUCCCCGAUUCCUUGGGUGAUGGAGGACACGAAGAACCAAGUAGCUGUUACGGCAGCAGCAACACCAAUCGCCGAUACGAGCGCACCGCCGAUCCUGCCCGGUUUGCCCAACGUAUCGCCAGGUCACGCGUCAUUGCCGUGUUCGAGCGCGUCCGAAAAGUUGGUGAACGGUCUCGCGGAAAUGCCGGUCAUACCGAUUUUCGAGCCGAUCCCGGUCGAGCACGUUAACAAUCAUAUGGACACGCCGCCCGUUCUGACGCCGAUAGUUAACAAUGUUGACACGGUACCGAAGAGUGAUGUUAAAAGUGAACGGACAGAUAACGCGAAGAACGAGUGUAGUCGGUUACCGGUUAACGAUUGUAUCGAGAACAGCGUGCGAGUUGUGGACGGUGUCACCGAAGAGAAACUGACGAAUCACGUGGAGGAGAAACGAGAUCGAGAGCCGAAGAUCGAGAGAGAGCGGAAGCUGACGAAGAAGGAACUGGAGGACAUCAGGCGACACAAUUUGAGCAUCCGGGGACUUGUUUACAAAGAGGUGCGGAGAAGAGGGAAAAAUUACGCAACACUGUUCUCACACUUACAUCAAGUUCAGGGGACUCUAGAUAUACGGCUUGCGUUUGUAAAAGACAUAGUAAAAGAAUCAUUACGCUUUAAACGACGCAACUUGGCGUCGUUGUUAGAAGAAUAUCUUAAAAACAUUCAAGAGGACGGUUGCGCUAUAAAUCACAAGCUGAAUCACAAUGGUGCCACGAAGAUAAGUUGUUAAGAUAUAUGUGUAAUCAGGGCAUUAUCUUAAUAGUGUGGAGGACAUAAAUUAUGAAGGAACUCUCGUGCAAGUUUUUGUCACAUGUUUUAGUAGCGGUUUCGAUCUCCUCGAAAUAAGGCUACUUUUGAUAAUCGCAGGAAAAACCUGAGCGAUCUUGAAUUUUUCAACGAAUUUCAAUAGCAUUUUCGAUGUCAACCAUAACAGUCACGUCACUUUUAUGUUUUACUUUUGGCUUUAUGGGUAAUUAAAUAGGAAUUUUGAGUACAUCUCGUGGCAUUUUGCAGUCAUGAAUUGAAGCAAUAAUUUAUUUACCACCUCUAUUAGUGAUGUGAAAGAAAACGGAGCAAUAUUCAAUUACAUAUAUAUCAAAUUUUAUUAUAUAUUUCUUUCUAAAACUUAAUUGUUUUAAGUCUUAAUCUGAGAAGAGGUCCAAAAUCUUUUUCAUCUUGGAUACUCGAAAAGCGAUCCCAAGUAGCACACAAUCUUAACAUAUUUGCGCAACGUACUUUUUAUCCUUCACGAAUAAAUGCGUGUUCGUAUAUCGUUAUACGUGUAAAUACGUUCGCAUGUUUGUUUCAUCUACUAUGAUGUAAUUUUUCAUAAUGUCGGAAUUUUGCCGGAUAUCAUUUGGCGCACAUAUUGCAAAUGUCUUGUAUGCUGGCAUACAAGAUAAUUGAUUGCGGGUAAUGCGAAAUAAUUAUAUAAGAAUGAUAAUAUAUUUACCCUUGAAAUAUAUACGAAUCCGUGCACAAAGUUUCGGCAGUGCAAGUGCAAUCAAAUGAACCACGAAAAUUUCUAUCUCAGCGACCGUGUCGAAUUUAGGACAGAACAAUUAUAUUACUCUUACACUCAUACGAUUGACAUUUCCUAUAUUUAACCUCCCUGCAAUCACUUUCGUGAUCUAUACUAUUAAGUUUAAUAAAAUGCCAUAGUUUAACACUGUACCGAACUGUCUGUAAAUUUCGUUAUGUACUUUGUUGAUCUCUUAUAAAAGCAAAACCGAGAUCUGACUUUCUAUUGAUGACGUAUUAUACAAUAAUAAUCGCGAUCUCUGUAUAUGUAUAUAAAAAUGAAAACAUAUCUUUUAUUAUAUGUGAGGAGAUUGUGAAAUCGCACCUUAUGAAAGAAUUUAUUAUUGUGUAGUUUACCAAAUUAAAAUAUUGGGAAAACAAAUAGAAAUCCUUGAUUGCAGUAGAUUCUCCUUUCGCGAGUUGCAACAUUAGCUUUCAUUUCGCGAAACCCGUCGUAGAUAGCAUUAUACCAAAAACAUUUGUGUAUGUCAAAACGCUAAAUGCAGAUUUGAAUUUAUUGUGAAGUUUACGAAGGGUUGACAGUGCCUGAUGCUAUUUGAAAUUGAGAUAAUGUAUUCAACCCACUAUGUCUAAAAGAUUCUAAUAUAUUAUUUUAUUUUACACAUAAAUUAUAUGUAUGUAUAUUUUAGAACUUUAAGUAUCAUUUUUAAU